AUGGCCAAGCGUUUAUUUGCCCUGGAUUUUGAGGUGUUUGGAAAAGUGCAAGGGGUUUUCUUUCGGAAAUAUACCGAAAAACAAGCAAAUCACUUGGGUUUAAGAGGCUGGUGUAUGAAUACCUCCGAGGGAACGGUUAAAGGGCAAUUAGAAGGACCACAAAAUGAAUUAAAUGAAAUGAAACAUUGGCUACAAAAUAAGGGAAGUCCUAGUUCUCGCAUCGAUAAAGCAGAAUUUUCCGAAAUGAAACCCAUAGAAGAUUAUAGUUUUCAAAGUUUUGGAAUUAAACGUUAAUCAA